AUGUUUACAGCCGUAAGACUCCUAAGAAGUGUCCUUAAGAUCAGAUAUAUUAUCCUCGGAUCUGCUGUUGGCGGAGGAGUUCAAGCCUCGAGAAAAUACGAAGAAUGGAAAGAAAGUCUUCCGAAGUUUAAAUGGUUAGAUGACUUGAUGCCAAGCGGUGACCAAAUGGACAGCUUUCGGUCCAAUUUGAUUGGUUUACGCGAUCGGUUCACUUCGGAGGACGGAUUUGUGGCCCAAAUGAACGCAAAUGCGAACCAAAAGAUUGAAUUAUUGAAGCAAUGGAUAGAAGAGGCGAAACAACAACGACUACAACAACAGGAAGAGUCUUCAGGAACUGAUGACAACAUGACAAGUCAUAUAAAAACUCCAUUUUUCACGUCUUCUCCUCCGGAGUCGAGCGAAGAGCCGAUGAGUGGGAAGAGUGGAGAAAAGGCUCGCAUUCAGCGAUUGCAAGACGAACUCAUUGCUGUUCAGCUCAAAUAUCAGAAAGAAAUCGAAAGAUUAGAGAAAGAGAACAGAAAUCUGAAGAAAACAGUUCUCUUGAGAGGAAAGAACAAUAGCGUCCGUAAAGUGAAGAAGUCUUUGAUAGACUUGUAUUCAGAAGUUUUGGAUGAGUUGAGUGAAUACGACUCGAACUAUAAAACUCAAGACCAUUUGCCACGAGUUAUAGUCGUCGGCGACCAGAGCUCUGGGAAGACAAGUGUACUCGAGAUGAUAGCCGGCGCCCGAAUAUUCCCUCGCGGGGCCGGGGAAAUGAUGACCCGCUCUCCCGUUAAGGUGACCCUCAAGGAGGGCCCCUAUCACUUGGCCCGCUUCAAAGACAGCUCUCGAGAGUUUGAUUUAAGCAAACAGUCAGAGUUAGCAGAUCUUCGGCGAGAGGUUGAGAUCAGAAUGAAGAGUUGUGUGAAGAAUGGGCGCUCAGUCAGCAGUGAUGUCAUCUCCAUGACAGUCGAAGGGCCCGGCAUUCAGCGCAUGGUUUUAGUAGAUUUGCCCGGAAUUAUAAGCACUGUUACCACAGAAAUGGCUGAAGACACGCGGGAUGCCAUCAAAGAGAUCACUAAGACUUAUAUGAGUAAUCCAAACGCAAUCAUACUUUGCAUUCAGGACGGCUCCGUUGAUGCCGAGCGCAGUAUUGUCACCGAUAUUGUCAGUCAAAUGGAUCCAAACGGCAAACGAACGAUAUUUGUGUUGACAAAAGUGGAUUUGGCCGAACAGAACAUGACUAACCCCUCAAGGCUUCAGAAAAUACUGGACGGAAAGCUGUUCCCAAUGAAGGCUUUGGGAUACUUUGCUGUCGUCACCGGACGUGGCAAUAGAGACGAUACCAUUCAGUCGAUUAGAGAAUAUGAGUCUCAGUUCUUCUCCAAUUCAAAGCUUUGCAAGACUGGUAUUUUAAACGGCUCUCAGUGCACGACUCAAAGUCUUAGUCUCGCAGUGUCUGAAUGUUUCUGGAAAAUGGUUAAGGCGUCCGUUGAACAACAGGCCGACGCUUUCAAAGCCUCGCGUUUCAAUCUGGAGACCGAAUGGAAGAAUAGUUUUCCCCGAUUGCGAGAACUCGAUAGAGACGAACUUUUCGAGAAAGCAAAGGGAGAGAUAUUGGAUGAAAUCGUAAAUUUAAGUCAAUUAAGCCCUGUUUACUAUUUUAAGUUUGUUUUCGAGGGAAUGGAAGAAUCGGGUUCUAAAGGACUCGACGAUGUGAUCAUAGCUGAAGCCAAUGGUUUCCUCAAGAAUGUUGACUUUGUAUGCAUUACUGAUAGCAAUUGGUUGUCAUCUGAGAAGCCGUGUCUCACAUACGGCUUGAGAGGUCUCUCCUAUUUCUAUGCGGAGAUCGAGUGCGCGGCCAAAGACCUGCAUUCAGGCGUUUACGGCGGAUCCGUUCACGAGGCGAUGACUGAUUUGGUGCUUCUUAUGUCCAAAUUAGUUGAUAAUAAGGGAAAGAUUUUAGUGCCCGGGGUUAUGGACGACGUGGCGCCCCUCACCACUCACGAGGAGGACCUUUACCAUAAGAUUGAGUUCGAUUGCAAUCAGUUCCGCGACGAUGUGGGCAUUCAAAGGCUAAUCCAUUGCGAUAAAGUCAAGACUCUGACCCAUCUCUGGAGAUAUCCAUCCCUUUCAUUGCAUGGAAUUGAAGGCGCGUUUGCUGGCGCGGGCGGUAAGACUGUAAUCCCGCGUAAAGUUGUGGGAAAGUUCUCCAUAAGACUGGUCCCCAAUCAGGAUCCGGAAAAAGUUGGCAAACAAGUGAUCGAUUACUUGAACAGUGAGUUCAAAAAGAUGGACAGUCCUAACAAACUGAGAGUUGUUAUGCCUAAUACCGGCAAACCGUGGGUUUGCGAUCCAAAUGACCCUAACUUUAUGGCCGCCCGUAAAGCCAUGAAAACUGUGUUCGGAGUGGAGCCGGACCUGACCCGUGACGGGGGAUCCAUACCCGUGACGCUCACCUUCCAGGAGGCGACCGGUAAGAAUGUGCUGCUGUUGCCGAUGGGAGGGCCCGAUGACGACCCCCACUCUCAGAACGAGAAGAUCGACAAAAGGAAUUACAUCGAAGGCACCAAAGUCUUCGCUGCCUAUGUCUAUGAAUUGGCGAAUUUGAGCUAA